AUAGAUGAUCAUAUGACAGCCUCACAAAUGAUAAGCGGAGGCAAUCAUCAAAAGUCACAUUUUGAAUUUUUGAAGAAAUAAUCUAAUCUCUCUCUCCAUGGCGACUCAUACUAUGAUCGUUCGUUCCUCAGCCUCAUCCUCUGCUCACGCUGCUUCGUCUCUAGUAAAAGAGACUCUACCACUCUUCACAACUAGAUCUCUCACAUUCCCUCAGAGAAAAUCCUCCUUCUCUCGUCUUCGGUUGAGAUUCUUUGCCGAGAAACUUUCUCAGCUCUAUUCCUCUAAUGGCUGUGCCUCUUUACAAGACUCUGGAGAUAAUCUUACAGAGGAACAUGACACAAAAGAAGAGUCAUCAACAUCAACCACUCUUAGUAUUACAGUGGUUGGAGCCUCUGGAGAUUUGGCCAAGAAGAAAAUAUUCCCUGCAUUGUUUGCUCUCUUUUACGAGGGCUGUCUUCCUCAUGACUUCUCUGUUUUUGGUUAUGCUCGGACCAAACUCACACAUGAGGAGCUUCGUGUCAUGAUCGGUAGAACUUUAACUUGCCGGAUAGACCAAAGGGAGAACUGUGUGGACAAAAUGGAUCAGUUCUUAAAAAGAUGCUUUUACCAUUCGGGUCAGUAUAACUCUGAAGAAGAUUUUGCAGAACUAAACACCAAGCUCAAAAAGAAAGAGGAAGGAAAGGUAUCAAACAGGCUGUACUAUUUGUCUAUUCCACCAAACAUAUUCGUGGAUGUGGUAAGGUGUGCAAGCCUUAGAGCCUCCUCAGCGAAUGGCUGGACAAGAGUCAUCGUCGAAAAGCCAUUCGGCCGUGACUCCCAAUCAUCUGGAGAGUUAACCAGAUGUCUUAAACAGUAUCUCACAGAGGAGCAAAUCUUCAGGAUCGACCACUAUUUGGGAAAGGAACUCGUUGAGAAUCUUUCGGUGCUUCGAUUCUCAAAUCUUGUUUUCGAGCCUCUUUGGUCAAGAACUUACAUACGCAACGUUCAGCUGAUUUUCUCUGAAGACUUUGGUACAGAAGGACGCGGAGGUUACUUUGAUCAAUAUGGAAUCAUACGAGACAUCAUGCAAAACCAUCUCUUGCAAAUUCUUGCACUGUUCGCAAUGGAGACGCCUGUGAGCUUAGACGCUGAGGACAUAAGGAGCGAGAAGGUCAAAGUUCUGAGGUCAAUGAAACCGUUACUGCAAGAUAUGGUUGUUGGUCAGUACAAAGGGCAUAGCAAGGGAGGAAAGGCUUAUCCAGGCUAUACAGACGACCCAACGGUUCCCAAGAACAGUCUCACUCCCACGUUUGCUGCGGCGGCUAUGUUCAUCAACAAUGCGAGAUGGGACGGUGUUCCUUUCCUUAUGAAAGCCGGAAAGGCUCUGCAUACCAGAGGUGCAGAGAUCAGGGUUCAGUUCAGACACGUCCCUGGAAACUUGUACAAGAAGAAUUUCGCCACUGAUUUAGACAAGGCAACUAAUGAGCUGGUGAUCAGAGUUCAGCCUGAUGAAGGUAUAUACCUGAGGAUCAACAACAAAGUGCCUGGUCUCGGAAUGAGACUCGACCGAAGCGACCUUAACCUUCUGUAUCGAUCCAGGUAUCCAAGAGAGAUCCCAGAUGCAUAUGAGAGACUGCUUCUUGAUGCGAUUGAAGGAGAAAGGAGGUUGUUUAUAAGAAGUGAUGAGUUGGAUGCAGCAUGGGAUCUAUUCACACCGGCUUUGAAGGAACUCGAGCAGAAGAAAAUAGUUCCUGAGCUGUAUCCAUAUGGGAGCAGAGGUCCUGUUGGCGCACAUUACCUUGCAUCUAAGUACAAUGUUAGAUGGGGAGAUCUUGAAGAUGCUUAAGCUUUUGACUGAAUCAUGGAUAUUAAUAGAUUUGGUGUUAAUAUGAGACAGAGCUAACUCUUCCAUGUGUUGUGAGCUUUUACAAGUGCUAUUAUCAAAUUCAUUACAUAGAUUUUGCCAAAAACUA